AUUACUGUCUGGUCGGCUCAGUCAGGAGCGAUUAUAUCAUAUGAGAAGUGCAAUACCUUGCAUAUCUGUCGGAAAAAAUGCUGCCCAAAUAUAAAACUAUGUCAUAACAAUGUGUAUGUAAGCAAUGUCAGCAGUUUGAAAAUAUUAGGCGUUUUAUUUGAUUGUAAAUACACUUUUAGGUUUCACUGUAAUUAUAUUAGAAAUAAACUUAUCAAACGCCUCAAUAUUAUAAAAUAUUUUUCGUCUAAAAAAUCAUUUGUUCAUACUACUACACUUUGUAAUAUUGUUAAAGCAUUAUUUUUAACUGUAAUUGACUACGCGCUGCCAAUCUAUGGAACCUGUGCCAAAAGCAACUUAAAUCUUCUCUGUGCUGCAUAUUACGCAGCGGUGCGGAAAAGCUUACGGGCCUUCACCACCACUACCGUCGACAAUAGGCUAACUGAAUCUGGACUCCCUAGCAUAAAUGAGAGAAUCGAAUACAUGACUGCAAGCCUUAUAUACAAAAUUUUAUGCUGCAAUAACAGCCACCUCUUUGACGAAAUACUUAAAGCUUCCAAUCGAAAGUAUCUUCCAAAGCGGCUCUCAGCGAUACACCGUGUACUGAUCACUGCCAAGAAAUUAAAUGUAUCAGUUAAACCAACUCGGAAAGUGUACCCAAACUACCCGCCUUGGCUGCUGUCAGACUUAUCAAUUGAAACCCGUUUACAAACAUUUCAGAAGCAAAACACCUGUCCACAACUUUACGCGCAAAAUUUUCUGGAAUAUAAAGCUGAGCUAAGUCAAAAAGCAUUCAACUUUAUUUUUACCGAUGGUUCGAAAACCAAAUUUUCAACCUCAUUUGCAGUAGUCUCUGAAAACCUUGAUGUUUUAAGAAAAGGUAUCCUGCCUAAUCAUUGCUCCAUCUACACCAGUGAAAUCUUUGCUAUCUAUCAAGCCGCCUUAAUUGCAUCGAAAACCAAGGGCAAUUUCUGCAUUUGUACUGACAGUCGGUCUGCCAUUGAUGCCCUCUGGAAAUUCGAAAAGGACAGCGUUCUAGUAACCCACACCAGGGAUUUGCUAAUUAAACACAAAAACAAAAUUAAAUUGAUGUGGAUUCCUGGCCAUUGUGGCAUCCAAGGCAAUGAACUAGCUGACUCUGUUGCGAAGAGUCUUCAUAAUGACCCAGUUAUCUGUUUUGACACUUUUGAAAAGGCCGAUUUGUCGAGAUAUGUACGGCAGUAUAUUAACAAUAAAUCCUUACUAAAGUGGAAAGAAUAUGUUCACCAUUAUGCAGAUAUUAAUCCAACAAAAAUUAGGCCUACUUUUCCUUCCGAUGCUAAACAGUCAGACAUUCUCGUUUUCACAAGACUUCGUUUGGGCCACACGCAGAUCACUCACGGACAUCUUCUUAGUCAUGGAGUAUCAUCAUGCAACGUUUGCGGGGCAAUGAGCACAUCUGUGAAGCAUAUCUUGGACAUCUGCCCUCGCUUUUCUAUUCAAAGGCAACGGAUUUUUGGCCUGACUGUUCCAUCACAACUUCUUUCCGACACUGCAGCACUUAACAUAAGCAAGAUAUCUAGUUUUAUAGCCUCAUGCAACCUAUCUCAUUUAAUUUAGUUAACCUUAACUGUAUAAUAUUUGUAAUCCAUAAACGAAAUGUAAAUUAGUAUUCUUUUGUAAAACCAGCUGAUGGCCUCGAGCUAGUGCUGUUUCUUUUUUUUCUCUUGUUUCCUGUAUAUUUAUUGUGCAUGAAAUAAAUAAAUAUCUAUCUAUCUAUCUGUUUUAA